AUGCAAGCCGCCGGUCAAUCUUCGGCUGUUCGCAGUUCAGCCCGCGAGAUUCGCCUGUUGGACCUGCUGCCUGGCGAACAAGAUGAUCCCAUUCGAUGCACCACUCGUGUCGUUAGCCUCGAUGAUCACCCAGAUUUUGAAUCCGUGUCAUACGUAUGGGGAGACCGUAAGGAAGAGAGGGGCAUCGAGGUUUCUGGCACAUGCAUACCGAUCACGAAGAAUCUCCACAGUGGUCUGCUACGGCUUAGACAUGCAAGAGUUGGUCGAACGCUGUGGAUUGACCAGAUUUGCAUCAAUCAGUGGGACCUGGAGGAAAAAGCGGCUCAGGUAGCCUUGAUGAGGGAUAUUUAUAGGCAGUGCACACAGUGCGUCACGUGGAUGGGUGAACUCACAAGAGAGGGCCAUGACGUCCCGGUGCACGAUGCUCAAGCUGUUUUCGACUUCUUGCGACGGGUUGCUGCAGCAAAAACUACCCCACUGAGCGAUUUGCCGGUCCUCUUCGAACCGUCGGACAGAGGCUCGGCAGCACGUAGCGCUUUCGAACGCUUCUCCAUUGCAAUUCCGAACGCGCAGUCCUGCGAUUACACAAUAUCAGCAUCUCACCUUUUCGCCAAAGUCACGUUGGAUCUGAUACGGCACGAGCGCGGCCUGAGACCACUCCUGGGAGCCUGCGAGAUGCCGCAGCAAUCACCCGGCAUCCCGUCCUGGGCCAUCGAUUUUGCAUGUGUCAAUCGCAUUGGCAAGCGGCAGUUGAGAUGGUGGGGUCACUCUCACCGAUAUCGCGUCUUCUCAGCCUGCGGAGAGCACAGCCUGACACUCUCGGAUGCUGCCGAUGUUCAAGUGCUCGGGUUGAAGGGCGUCCACGUCGACCAGGUGGUGGACACAGUUGCGCUCCUUCGCGUCAGUCCUCAGGACCCGAUCCAUUCCCUUGAGCUGCGUGAGCCUUUGGCGAAUUGCAUCCAGCUCUUAACUCAGUUCCGCGCUUCUGAAGCAGCGCCGGCCGUCUACAAAGAUGGCUUCACGUGGGAGUCUGCGCUGUGUAGGACAUUAGUUGGCGACCUCAUCGUGGAUGAGUUGCCUCUUGACAGCAUUGCAAGAUACGGCCGCGCUCGACUGGAAGCCGACUUCGACGCCCUCUCGUAUAAGCCGGAGCCUGGUGCUUUCACCAAUCUCCGUGAGUCCUUGAUGGGCAUGAUGGAAAAUCAAACCUUCUUCCUUACGAAAUCGGGAUAUAUGGGUAUCGGGCCGCCCCAGACCACGAGCGGGGAUCAAGUAUGGGUUUUUCACGGCGGGAAUGUGCCCUUUGUGAUGCGGGGAGUUGAGGCGGAGGGAGGGCUGAGCCGACGGUUGGCUUUGGUAGGCGACGCUUAUGUGCAGGGCAUCAUGGACGGAGAAAGUAUGCGUGAUGAUCCUUAUUUGCAGCACGUCGAUGUCUGCUAG